UCAAUCACCCAAUUCAGCUCUAAGCUGGGUAGCUGCUGUAAAGACCGACGACAAGCAAUAUAUGCCAUAGUGUUGCUCUUGCGCUGUUGGUCCAAGUGGACACCCAUUCUCCGACCGACAACCGAGUCCGGCCCGUCAGCCCUAUGAGUAUCUCCGCGCAAACUGGAAGCAAAUUUCUACUGUCCAAGUCAUAUAUAAAGUAGUGAGAGCCAUGAUAUUGUCUUACCUGAUGCGUCAUACUACAAGGCCCAAGAUCAGCCUUUAAUCACUUGACACAAUUGUGCAGCCAUAGUUCGCAUCAUGGGUCGCACCGAAUCCGCUGCAGCUUCGAUGUCGGAUGUGGAGAAAGCCGCGCCCACACCUGCAGAGCACGAGGCAGCCCCCGACGGCGGACGCCAGGCCUGGCUCGUUGCGGCCGGAGGCGCGUGCAUCAUAUUCUCCUGUCUGGGGUUUGCAAACUCGUUUGGCGUGUUCCAAGAAUACUACGAGGCCAAUCAGCUACGCGUUGAUUCGUCCAGCAAGAUCUCCUGGAUCGGGUCGCUCUGCACAUUCCUCCAGUUCGCAGCCGGUGGAAUUGGGGGUCCAUUGUUCGAUCGCUAUGGCACAUGGGUCAUCCGUCCGGCGGCAGUCGUCUACAUCUUCGCCAUGAUGAUGACCAGUCUCUGCUCGGAAUACUGGCAGUUCAUGCUGGCGCAGGGCGUCCUUCUCGGCACAGCAAUGGCCUUCCUCCAGCUGCCGGCUCUCGCCGCCGUGUCACAGUACUUUGACAAGAAGAAAGCCGCGGCCCUCGGGCUGAUCGUGUCCGGCUCAUCGAUCGGGGGCGUGGUCUUCCCGAUUGCGCUGUCCAAGAUGCUGAACAGCUCGUCGCUCGGAUUUGGUUGGUCGGUGCGAGUGAUGGGUUUCGUGGUCAUCCCCCUGAUGGCGUUCGCGUGUACAGUGGUCAAGCCUCGCCUGCCCCCGCGCACGACCUCGUUCUUCAUCCCGGAUGCCUUCAAGCAAGCCCGGUUCGAUCUCAUCAUCGCUGCCUUCUUCUUCAUGUUCAUUGGGCUGUUCACCCCGCUGUUCUAUCUCCCCACCUAUGCAGUGACCCGGGGCAUGGACGCCACGCUGGCCUCGUACUUACUGGCGAUUCUCAACGCCGCGUCCACGUUCGGACGCAUCAUCCCCGGGUUUCUCGCUGAUAAAUACGGGCGAUUGAACAUGUUCGCCCUGGGAGGGAUCGCCACGGGUGUGAUCGGCCUCUGUAUGACCAAGGCGGAAUCCACGGCUGGGUUGGUGGUAUACGCGGUGUUUAUCGGGUUCGCAUCGGGUACCAUCGUCUCGGGAGCGAGCGCGGCAUUCACACUCUGCAUGACGGACGCCCGGGAAAGCGGGACGUAUAUGGGGAUGGGCAUCGCUACCAGCUCCGUCGCCGCCUUGAUUGGGCCCCCCGUGAUUGGAGCACUGUUCGAUCGUUACGGAGGGUUCCUGCAGGCGUCCAUUUUCAGCGGCGUUCUGUCUUUGGUGGGCGGCUGCAUUGCCUUUGCUGCGAAGGCUACCACACCAGUUGGUUUGCUGGGACGAGUAUAA